UUGAAAUCUCUGUGGGAACAACAGGAUUUUCUGGAUUACGAAGUUAAAGUUGAAGAUGAGACCUUUAAAUGCCAUCGGUUGAUUCUGGCGACAUGUUCUCCCUUUUUCAACGCACUAUUUAGAUCCAACUGGAAAGAAACAACCGAUAAAGUCACAACUCUAAAUGAUAUGUCCUCCGCAACAUUCAAGCUGAUUCUUACAGCCAUCUACACGGGAAGUGACGUGCUGACGGAUGAGAAUGUGGUUGACGUGUGGAAGGCCGCGCACAUGCUUCAGAUUGAUUUCAUGAUAAAACAUUGUGAAAAAAAGAUUGUCCAAGGACUGACUUUAGACAACUUUAAAAUGAUGUAUGCACUAGCUAAAUUACUGGAAUCAAAACCCGUUGUAAAUGGUGUAGUAGAACUUAUAAUUCGAAACUUUGACAGUGUAAGACAUUCUAAGACUUUUUGGCUACUUUCCCCUGAUGAAAUGUUAACAGUAGUGAAAAGCAAUGAGAUUGUUGUCUUCUCUGUAGAUAAUGUCUUGGACGCCAUUUUAAAAUGGGUUGACGACUGCAAGGACGUUGAUGUAUGGGGCACGGACAAUGAUGGAGCGAAGCCUCAAAGCCAUGUAACUGGGGAGCACGUUAGUAAUGAAUGCACGG